AUGUUAUUCUUCCCUGUAUGUUCUUCACGCCAGCGUCUAAAGCCGUGUCCACACUAUGCCGCGGCUGGCUUUUGGCAAUGCCGCGUUGGCAAAGCCAACGCGGCAAACCUAGAUUUUGGCUUGUCGUCUACACGUGAGUUGGCAUUCAGUCGCAAAAUGUCUGACGAGGAGGAUGUACUAGUUGCUUUAGGCGCGUUUGUAAUUAUCAAUCACGAAAAAUUGCGUAAACGACGGUUUUGGGUGCGUCCAAGCCUUCAAAGUAGAAGAAAAUACGGAACUAGUGAGUUGAUGAAGGAUUUGGUAUUGGAUGAUGAAGACGAAUUAAAUCUCGAGUACAGAUAUGGAUGUGGUUUCAAAAACUUUUUUCGAAUGAAAAGUAGUGACUUUGAAGAUCUUCUAAAUAAGAUAGCUCGUAUCAUCCAGAAACGAGACACGUCCUUCAGAAGUGCUAUUCCUCCACAUGAACGCCUUGCAGUUACUCUGCGGUUUUUGGCAACGGGAGACUCUUACCACUCGUUAAGUUACACAUUCAAGAUUUCAAAGCAAAUAAUAUCAACCAUCAUCCCGACUGUUUGUGAAGCAAUUGUCAGUGUAUUACAGGAUUACAUCAAGGUAAGAAAAAAUUGUAUAUUAGAAAAAAACCUUUAUUUGGUAGACAUGCGUCUCAAGUUCCGAACAAAACACACUCUCCAUUACAAAUGA